AUGGCCCCGCCAGUGCUCGGCAAGCGUCAGCGAAAUACAGCAGAGCCAAAUGAUUCUACAUUGUCUUCCCCCAGGAAGCGGCGAGCCGCCCAAGUGCCUCGAAUCCAUCAAGACGAACGCGCUGUUCCCUUGAGUUUGCCGACAAGGGAGCGCAGGUCUAAGCGCGUACAGAAUGCAGGCCCGCAAGACGUGUCCGAAGUCAAACGCCCAAGACUCGCGGUGCCUUGUAAGGGCCUUGAACCUGCGAAGGCCUCUGAGAAUUCAAGCACACUUGAGAAAAGUAAGGAAUCAGUCACAGGUCAGUCGAAAUCCCUCGCCGAACACGAUCCUAAAACUGACCUAGAACUAGAUGAAAACGCGGAUCCAGCCCCUCAGUUUUCAACUCCAAGAUCCAAAAGAUUCCGAGAUGUCUCCUCUUUUUCUCCUAUCACUCCCAGGCAUCGUGUUCUGGUUGCUUCUAAACCCGUUACUCCGCGAACACCCCGAACCAUCACGUCUGUUUCAGCCCGAACUGUUUAUACAAGUGCCAGGCAACUAUUCGCCCGAAGUGCGACCCCGGCACGCUUGGUCGGUCGUGAGUCUGAAAGACAGGAGCUUACAAAGUUUAUUAACGAUUCAAUCUCAUCGGGCCGCGGUGGAUGCAAGUACGUGAGUGGGCCGCCUGGAACUGGAAAAAGCGCCUUGGUCGAAGAAGUCUGUCGCGAGAUCCAGAAGGAGAAUUCUGCCAAAGUCGCGUACGUUAAUUGCGCUAGCAUGACAAGUGCCCGAGACAUCUACGGCAAACUGGUAGAAAAUCUUUGCGGAGACUCCCAGGUGUUCAAGAAGAGCGAAGUCGAGCGCCUUCGAGGCAUGUUCCUACCUAAGAAAAACUCCGGCAAAGGUGUAUAUGUUGUUGCUUUGGACGAAAUAGAUCAUCUCUUGACAAGCGACCUUGAGAUCCUAUAUGCUUUUUUUGAAUGGUCUAUGCAGGCAAACUCUCGCCUUGUUUUAGUUGGAAUCGCUAAUGCUCUUGACCUAACGGACCGAUUCCUACCAAGGCUGAAGUCGAAGAACUUGAAGCCACAACUUCUUCCAUUCCUACCAUAUACCCCAACGCAAAUUACAACAGUCAUUACAACGCGUCUUCGAUCCCUCUUGGUGGAAGAUAUGGCUGUUGCAAAAGAUUUUGUACCGUUCCUCCACCCUGCAGCAAUUCAGCUGUGCGCGCGAAAAGUCGCAUCGCAGUCUGGCGAUCUUCGAAAAGCCUUUGACCUGACCCGACGUACAAUCGAAUUGAUUGAGCGUGAAGUCAGCGAAAAGGCUCAAGCCGCCUCCAAACUGCCGUUGGUGGAAAACACAAACCUUGCAGCCCCUGCAUCGCCUCCAGAUACUCCUUCCCAGAAUGACAUAUAUAGUUAUACGGCUGCCACGGCUCCUCGGGCUACAGUAGCCCAUGUAGCUCGAAUUACGUCCGCAACCUUUGGAAAUGGCACCACUGAGCGACUGCAAGGGCUCAAUCUACACCAAAAAGCCACUCUAUGUUCUUUAAUUGCAUUUGGCCGCAAAAAGCGAGCAUCAACAAGCUUUAUUAAUACUCCAACAAAGUCACCAAAAUCAACAGCCCCAACCGUUAAAGAGCUAUUUGACACAUAUUGCUCUCUCUGCCGGAAAGAGAACGUUCUGCAACCACUUACUUCUACCGAGUUCAAGGAUAUAAUUAGCGGUUUAGAAACCAUGGGCCUAAUCGGCGAAGCUCGAACCCGCGGCUCCCGUUCCGGUGCUUCCGGGUCGGGAAUAUUCCGCACUCCAACGCGGAGCGGACGGGGUGCUACUGGUACUCCCUCUAGAAAAGGAGGCGAGGAAAGUGGGCUAGUUUGCUUUGUUGGUGAAAAAGAGAUCGAGGCCCAAGUCACUGGUCCUGGAGAGGGUGUUUUGAAAGCCCUGUUGAGAGAGAGGGACGCAUAA